UGCACCCUGUCAGAGAUCUGUGCAUGCUUGAAGUUACAGAGUCAUGUGCAGUUUUGACACAGCAAAAAUGAUGUUUCUGUGUGGAGAGAUGACACAAGAAGAGCUGUGAAGUAAGCAAGUGUCUUAGCCUGAAGCCCCCAGAGGGAAGCAGAGGGCUUGACUUGCCCACACCAUGAGUCUUCUGUAGUUACUUAGCUGUGCCGAACCGAAUGGGAGAUAGGAACAGAAGUGGUAGAUGCAUUGUGACUGCUGCCAAAACCUCUUCAUUCCAGGCAAUUAUUGCUUCAUGUCAAGAUACCAAACUCCCAGAGGCUAAGUCUGUCCUUAGGAAUCUAAAUUUCUGCUUGCAUGGCAAUGCUGCAUCCUUCAGAGAAGAGAACUUCUACAGUGAUAACAAGGACAUGGUCAAGCAAAGUGCUGCCCCUGGUCAUUACCAGUCACAGGUAAAUAGCAAGAAACAAGAAAUGGAAACUCAAUUGUGUUCCCCAUUGUUAGGACCAAUUAUGAGUACACCACCUCCAUUGGAAUCUUCCCGUCUGUACAGCGACUGGUCAGCAUGUGGAGAGGAUAUUGGCUCAAAAACUGCUUUUCAAGACUGCACAAAGAAACGGGCACCAAUAAAUCUUUCUUAUUCUGUCAGUGGCCCUGAUAUGCUUGGGCUAGUGUCGAGCAUUUUAGAGGAGCCAAGCAAGCCAGAACCAGUUACAGAUUGGAAUUCUCUUUCAAGAUUGUUUCCACCUCUGUGGGCACCUGAUCUUGGAAGCAAUGGUGAAUUCUCAGGGCUCUCCUCUAAGCAUUCUGGUGAAAGUAAGGGUUUUUCAAACCUGAUGGGCACACAGAACUGCUAUCAGGAAUGCUUGCAGAAGUCUCAUGAUGUGGAGACGCUCCACAGAGGUUUGGAAGAUCUUCAUUUAAUAGAGUCUUGGCUUUCUCCCUCUGGCCAUUGCACUCAGACUGAUAAUAUCCUGAAGAACAGCUACCGUGACAAUUCUUCUUUGCAAAAUAAUAAUACAAUUCAGCAAGAAGGAGUUUCAUUUCAAAAUGUAGACUAUAACCAGCAUUUUUGCAGUAUUGACUACAUGAGGUUGAAUGGAGACUAUGAAAAAAUCUGUUCCAAUUUUACCACUUUUUCUUCUCCAAAUGGAAUGAAAGAAGGCACAAGUGUUCAGAAAGAGUACUGGAAAAUGGAAAGAGCAAGAAGCAAAGUUAUAAGAAAUGAUGUUCAAGAACAAACUAAGUAUUCCCCUGAUGUUUCCAAUCAGCCUAUUAAUGGUUCUUGGGAUGAAGCGUCCCAGGACAACCGCUUGUUUUCUAAGAGACAUGAAAGCUUCACAGCUGUUCAUAAGUUGCAGUCAUCUGUUCAUCCACCGCUGCAUUUUUUCAGGCAGCCCACUAAAGAAAACAAUUUUUCUGGAGGGACAAGUAGAAAACUACAGGAAACCUAUGCGCAAAACGGUCACAGCUUUACAUUGGGGGAUGCUGUUAAUAAUAAUGACUGUAAGAUCCAUAUUAGGCCUAAAGAACACUCUCACAAAGUUUCUGAGUAUGAUUUAUCUGUAAAAAAUGUUAUGCAAAAUGGGAAUUUUCCAUCAUACCAUGGACGCACAUGGCUGGAUGGGAGAACUGCAAGUCCGACGGCUGCAUCAGAUAUCAUGUAUGGAAAGCAAGUAUUAACAAGUCCACAGUCGUCUUCAGGGGUUUCCACCAUGUCUGGUGGUUCUCCCACUCAUCAGUCUAUAACACAAUCAUCUUACUACUCACAGAUCUCGCCUGUCCUCCCUUCAAGGAAAGAUGGAAGGUUACAAAUACCCAAUGGUGUUUCUAAUAACUUGGGAGUUUAUAAUUUUGUCGCAGAAAAUCAGAAGCAGAUGAAACCCAUUGGACGAUCACAGCAUGAUUCAUUGACUGAUAAGGAGGGGCAGUACCGUAAAUUUGCCAUUAAUUUUCCAUCCGACUGGUUAACACAGCAGAAUGCUGGAAGUGAGGACCCUGAAAAAUACCACAGAUUUCCAAGAAAGCAGACCCAAGAAAAUAGUAACAAAGAUGAUAGAAGGGGCAGAAGGAAUUGGAUUCCUCAUUUUGGGUGCACAGUCCCAAACCGUCAGCAGUUCAAUAUGUUGCAAAAAAACCAUGAACGGAAUGGUGGUAGCGUGUCAGAUUUCAUCAAUCCUGCUUUUCUUCCAUCUUUCCCAAUAAUGUCUGAUUUUAAACAAAAUGCCAACUUUCCUCCAUUUAAUCGCCACCUGUUUUCAUCAGCCAAUAAUUUUUUUCCUCCGUCUCCAUUUCCUUUCUCAGAACUCUUUGAUCUGUUUCAUUAUGAUGAUUUUAACCACUUGAACCCCUUCCUCAAUGAUCUGUUUUGUGGAGAAAUAGCUGCACCAUAUUUUGCUUUUCCAACACCAUUUAACAAGUACAGACCUCCAAGAAACCGCAGUGGACCUGCUAAUGAGCUUCAUAUCCGGCUAGAGGAAUGUUAUGAGCAGUGGAGAGCUUUGGAGAAAGAAAGAAAGAAGACAGAGGCUGAACUUGCAAGGAACUUCCCAGGAAAGCGUGUAUCUAGCUCAAAUAACACUCCUGUGUCCCGGCUCCCUGCUAACCCAUCACGUGUUGAUCGUUUGAUUGUCGACCAGUUAAGAGAACAAGCCAGGGUGCUCACGUUAAUAAGAAAAAUGGAAAGGCUUCGUGGUACCCCUGUACAUGGGAGCGUAUCCACUACAUUGGAUCGCCAUAUGGAAGCCAUUAACAUAGCACAGGCGAGGCGCAAGGACGAGAUUGUUAAUGCUGCUGAUCCACGGAGACAAGGAGCGCCACGUUAUAAUAAUGAGAAAGGUGUCCUGGCCCUGGCAGCUGCUGUUAGAGAGCUGGCGGCUUCCACCCGCAAGGCUCGCACCGCUUUGUGGUGUGCGUUACAGAUGACUUUGCCAAAAACCUCUCCAGGCAGUCCUGUGAAACAAGAAGCUGUUGAAAGGGCAUUGCAAGAGCUCUGUCCUCCACACACAAGCACACAAGAGAAAAGUAGUGUGGAGCAUGAAAACAAAGGAAGCAAAAAAGAAAAACCUGAUGAACCUGCGGGGAUUCUGGAAUAACAGCAAAUAAUAUCAAAAGGCUGGCAGGAGGGUGGGACGGGAGGG